CACAGUGUACGGCUUACCGGCACACGCAAACGAUAUCCUCUCGCUUUGCUAUCGCGCGUCCUCCGCGACUAUCCUCACCCCUCGUCGGCUGGCUUGGUGGUGGUGAAAGACGACGGCGACGAGCCAAGAGGAACAGCGGAGAGAGAUCGGUUGCGGAGCGCUUGCGCGCGCACUCGCACUCGCGCCGCUCCUCGACGUCGUUUUGCAAGGAAAUUGAUUCUGCGCGAAACGCCAGGCUACGAGGGAGCAUCGUCAGAAGAGCCGGGCUCCGCAGACCGCGCACACACCGCACAGGGGGUUGUUCGCAUCGUUCGUCUCGCACGACACCGUCCGAUCCGCCACUUGGUCCUUCGUCUAGCCGUCGGGGGCACGACUGUUCGUCGACCGUGCGCGACGUUGCUAUUAUGUAAGGGGACGUCGUGGUCGUGAUCGUGGUCGUUGUCGUUCGCUCGGGUGCCAGCGGGAAUAUAGCAGAGGACGCGAACACGCACUGGACACGCGAAGGGGAGAGAACACGCGCUGGAAGGGCGACAUGCGAAGAGACGCGUCGCGCCGGCCGCGUUACGACCACACACAGACGUGCCACGAUCAUCCUAACCACCACCGAUCUGUGCAGGAGUAGGAACGUGAUAUUCGCAGGACGAACACUGCAGGAGAGCAUCCAUGGAAUUGAAAAUCCUGUGGUUCGUUCAUAUCGUGGGAAUUUGCUCCGGUUUGCGAGAGGUGCGCAUCCAGAUACCGACGGCCGUGAAGAAAGGUGACUCGGCGAUACUCAACUGCUGGUAUGACACCGAGGGGGAUCUUUUAUACGCCGUCAAGUGGUACAAAGGGGGUCAAGAGUUUUAUCGCUAUGCCCCGAACGAGAUCCCAGUCGUCAAGACUUUCCCCAUCGGCAACCUGACGGUGAAGAAAAGCGAAAGCAACUCGACCCGGGUUGCCCUGACGAACCUGGAACUGGACGCAGCGGGCGUCUACAGUUGCGAAGUGUCCGCGGAUGCUCCUUCGUUCCAGACGGCCUGCGUCCAAGGCACCAUGAACAUAGUUGAAUUACCCUCUCAAGGGCCGUCGAUACACGGGUUAAGGAGGAAAUACCGGAUCGACGAUAUGCUACGUUUGAACUGCACAUCCGGACGGAGUAAACCCGCGGCCAAUCUCACCUGGUACAUCAACGAUCGACAACCGCUCAAGUCGCACGUCCGCACCUACAGUCCCUUGGACACGAACGAGUCCGAGUGGCACGUUUCACAGAUCGGCCUUCAGUUCCUCGUUACGCACGACCAUUUCGCGGGGGGCAAGCUGAAAAUACGAUGCAGCGCCUCGAUAUACGACAUUUACUGGCAGAGCACCGAGGUCAGCACCGAGGAGGACAAACCGAGGCUCAUACAUUACGAACCAGCGGCGACCAUCGUCGGUAUCAACUACCUACAGCCGCCACCAAACUUCCAGACCGGCCAGAAGAAACCCGAUGGACACGUUGGAGUCAAAGUUCUCGGCUCGUCCAGGUCGGAGAUGCGGCUGCCGUCGGCGCGGCUGGUCCUGGGACUGCUCGCGUUCCUUUUGAUCGCCAUUCGUUAACCGUACCGCAUUCAACUACGCGCGCUUUGGAGCUGUUUAUAUAAAUCGACGUGCUUGUAAGAAAGUCCAGGCCGCUUUGUGUCGCGCGAUGGUCGUCCUCCGGCGACGCGCGUGCCGCGUCACACCCUUUUCUGGACCACAGUGUGAGGGAGAAAGGAAGAGGAACUCGGCCGAAGAUCGAACGAAAACGAGACGAAACGAGUUAUUAGGAAGUUUCGAUGCUGGAUAAGUCGGUUGGCGCGAGCUGACAAAAUUGGAGGAGCAGCGAGAAAGCCAAAGCAGAGGAGGCAAUGGACAGAGGAAAUUCGCCGGUGAAUCGCGGAGAACUUGGAUACAGCUGUAUCGCGGCAUCUUAAUUUUCUCUAUGACGAUGGCGAUCGACGAACCAACUUCUCGCGAAAAGAGGUACAUCCGUGAUCGGCCGAACAUCGGAGAAGAAACGGGCAACGUCCGACGAAAUAUUUUAUUAUUAUUAGACACUAUGUAUUUGCUUUCUCUUUGGCAGAAAUCGCGUGUUCGCAAUGUGUAGUACACCAUUUACGGUGGCAUCGUUUCCAAGACGAAAAUGACAGUUUUCUUUUUCAUACUUUUAUAAAGCCCGACAAAGGACUAAACUCGUAGCGUGGAUGUAUAUAUAUAUACAUGUAUAUUCUAUAUAAUAUAUAUAUGUGUGUGUGUAUAAUCUGUCUCUAUAUCCGUCUCUCACUGCCAUUAUUCAUUGCCUCUAAUUCUCUUCUUCUUUUAACUCUGUCUUUCCAUCCGUGCGUCGAUUUUAAUUUUGAAAAAUAGAAAAGAAAAGAAAAACAAAGCGGUUCUAUCACAUCACGCGAUUCACCUAAACGAACAAGAAGAAUGAAACGAAAUAUGGAAGCGCGUAAGAAACAGCAAGCGAGUAGAUGUACCUGAUGAAUCGGAUUUUCGACGAGUCACUUUGCGUUGCUACUGUUAUCGUGUCUAAUAUUCUUGUAAUCGAGGACGAUGAACGAAACCGAAGAAAAAGGACGGUGCUGUCGCGCCACAACGUUCUUCCCGCGCGAAUUGUUCGCCGUCGUGAAAAGCUGUCGUGCGGGGAAAAUAGGCGGCAACGGAGAAAACAAAAGGGCAGGACGAAAGAGGAGAAAAAAUAAAAAAAAAGAGAGGCAAACAAACGUGGAGGAGAAGAACAUCGGUGAAAGAGAAGUUUAUCUGUUUACGGUUGGAAAGGAGAAAAAACUUUGGUCGUUUGUUAUCCCCACGCUUUUCUCUUCUAUUCGCGUGCACACCGUGUAAUUCCAUCGGCAGAAGGUUAUUAUGUAUUCGGUUUAUUAAAUUAAUAGCCAUUUACCGUUCGAUUUAAUGCGUUUCCCUCCGAUACAUUUGUCAACCGCGUGUGACACGCCUUCGUACGUAACGAACAACAAAAGCGAUUUACACAGUCACGUUCUGUUUACAAUGAAUAUCGAGCUUACUGUUCUCCCCCGUUUGCUUCCGGUUUGGAACGUUGUUUCCUGUUGCUCACGCCGGUGCAUCGUUCGCCUCGAAUCGGUACGCGCACAAAUUCCACGUCUUGCGACUCGCGUCGCUCGAACCAUUAUCUAUUUGUUUCUUUGUUUGUCGUUUUUCGCAAUAACGGACGAACGCGUGACGAUCGAACAAGAAAGAAUUAGAGAAAAAGGACGAAAAACGGAAAAGAAAUGAAAGAAUGGAAAGAUGCGAUACGAAGAAUAUCGUAUAUAUAUGUAUAUGUAUAUGUAUAUUAUGUAUUAACGAGCGAUGUGUGCUAGUAUUAGUUACGAAUUCUCGACUAAGGAUCGCAACGACUGAAUAAUACUCUACAUGAUUUUCUAAUUGUAAUAAGUAUUUUUGAAACCGUCAUCGUUUCUACGUAGCUAACGCGAGCGAGCGUUCGAUAGGGAACGUGUUUCAUUCGAAGAAUUAGCCAAAGAGAACAAAUAAAAACGAAUAGACGAGGACGAAGAAACGAGAAAGAGAGAAAGAAAAAACGCAUGAGAGCGGUGUAAUUGAUAUUUUCGGACGAGAUAUUAUGCGUCUAAUAGAAAGAAGAAAGAGUAAAAUAAAUGUAAAGUGUCAGAGAGAGCGAGAGAGAGAGAGAGCGAGCGAACGAGAGAGAGAGAGAGAGAGAGAGAGAUAUCUCGCGUGCACGCAGCAUAGUUUCACGAUUCUUUGUGUAAUAGAGACGAUGUUAGCGGAAUUUUUGCCAAUUUUUUGGUAUCGAUGCUCGUUAUGUUCCUCAGCUUGUCACGAUACGAAAGAAUAUUUAUGAUAAUAAUAACGAUAUGACCACAA